CCCAAAAUGAGACGAAAUCUGUUAGGCCUAACGCUUGUUUGUCUCGCCGUCUUAAUAGACGCUGCAUUCGAUAUUGUUGAAAAUGUAUCUGUUAAAAACCAUCCUGGAAAUUUGAUUUCCACCAAUCUAAACUCAUAUGGUCGAGCCCCCAAGCCAAUUUCAGGUAAUAUUACAUUCCUGAAGGAUCUUACUGAUAAACAUCGCGUGUUGGUGGAUGUCAAAAAGACCAGCGGACUAGCUCUAAACUUUAAGGGGUUCAUAGAUGAGACCAUCUGCACCGCUAUCAAGAAAUCGUACGAUCCUUAUAUCAAAACCACGCUUAAAAAGGGAAAAAACACUAAUUUGGACUUUAAGAAUGGAAAGGUGUGCCCCUUGCCAAAAGGUACUUACUGGUUCAAGGACAUCACGAUCGAUAUUAAUAAGUGGAAAUCUAGUUGGUUGGUGCUUGCUGGAUCCUACAAUAUUAAAAUUACGGUCCUCAACCAAGACGGUUCACCUGGUGGUAAACUUGAACUCAAAGUUAAGCUUAGGGAGAAAUAA